GCGGCCGUUGGCGCGGAGUGCUGUUUUUAAUACUAUUGCCUUUUUUAUCUCGUUGCAAAAUGUGAGAGGAGAAGCGGCGGGUGGAGGCAAGUCAUAAGCCAUGAGUCGUCGAAGGAAACAUGGGGACAGCCCUGGUCCGAGGAACACGCCGCGCAAAACAGCGGCGGCUGAGGAAUUCUGCUCGGUGGUCGAUCCAGGGCGGAGGCGGCUGAGGUCGGCCCACGAUUCUGGGCUCCGCGGGCCUGGAGAGGGGCCUCCCGGGCCAAGGCGGCAGCAAGAGCAGCCUCCGGUAGCCGCGUCAUGCAGUAAAAGUAACCCCGAGGAAAGGUAUGAAACACCAAAGAGAGUGCUGAAAAUGGAUUCAUUGUCAUCUACCUUCAGUUCUCCUAAUGAUCCAGAUGGACAGAAUGAUAUCUUUUGGGAUCAAAAUUCUCCGUUGACAAAGCAGUUAGGUAAAGGAAGAAAAAAACAGAUUUACGCCACAGAUAGUGAUGAGAUUUCACAUAUUGUUAAUCGUAUUGCUCCUCAGGAUGAAAAACCAACAACAAACUCUAUGCUGGGCAUGUGGAUUGGUGAAACUGCUAUUCCUUGUACUCCCAGUAUAGCAAAAGGAAAAUCAAGAGCCAAAUUCAGCUGCACAAAGUUAAAGACACAAAAUCAAGAAGAAGAACUUAUGAAAUUGGCUAAGCAAUUUGACAAAAAUAUGGAAGAACUAGAUGUCAUUCAGGAGCAAGACAAGAAGAAUUAUGAUUUUAUUCAGAUGAUUUCAGAAACAGAGACUUUAAGUAAUUACAAAGAUAAUGUACAGAUGCAGUCAUUAUGUAAUGUAGGUACUGAAGUAGAUAAUGUUAUAAUAAAGAAGCCAGUCAAAGGAAACAAUGAGACACCUGACGUAAAUGAUCAAAGUAGCAGUCAGAAGCCAUUUGACCAAAAUGUUGAAGCAGCCCUUAAUGCCAUUUUUGAUGGUUCAACUCAGAAGUGUAGUGGAUGGUUAAGCCAAGAAGCUUUUUUGAACACCAGCAAUACUACCUUUGGAAAGAAAAAUACUUUGAAAGAGGACAAAAUAAUUAAUGAAACUCUGGUCCCUGAAAAACUGCUGAAUAAAACUCCCAGUUCACUUUCUUCUCAAUUGGAUACUCCUGUAAUGAUAGAGUCAUGUGUGACUUCCUGUACUAAGGAGCCCGAAACAUCUAAUAAGCCCCCUGAUGCAUUUACUACCAGCGAUUUUGAGGACGAUUGGGAAAACUUACUAGGUAAUGAAUGUUUUGUUACACAAAACGUCAAAGUGCCUGAACUCUUCUCUUUUAAAACAGCCCAAGUUACUGGUCAAAAGGGAAUUUGUACCUUUAAUGAUAAAAACGAUAAAAGUAAGUCAAGAACAAAUACAAGUCUAGAUGUCAGCUUAAGAGAAUCCAAAAUCUUACAAGGUCUUCCUUCAAAGACACAUAACAGGGAAUAUCAGCUUUCACUAAAUCCAACUAAUAAAUCAAACAAAUUAUCAUCCACUGAAAAUAACAAGAAAUUUGAGAAAUCUUUCAAUAAAAUUGUUAUUCAAGACAAAAUUCAAGAUACUGCAACUGCAUCUAAUUUGACAAAAGUAAAGGAAGAUAUUUGUACUAAAUUUACUUCUUGUAUAAAUGCCUCUGAAACAUCUGCUUUGAACACAAGAUACUCUAAUGAUCAAAAAAAUAAGCCCAUUUUUAGUCAGUCUAUUAAAGCACCUGUUGAUACUGAUUUGUUGGGCUCUGCAACUCCAGGUAAUGAAACCAGUGUUAGUAACCCAGAUCAGACUAAUGCAUCAAAAUCAAGUUUGUUCUUUGAUGAUUGGAAUGAUCCAUUAUUUGCCAAUGAAAUUAUUACAGCGUGUCAUCAGCUAGAAGAUAGCUGGGAAGCAGAUGAUGUAGAUGAUGAUUUGUUGUACCAAGCAUGUGAUGACGUUGAAAGACUAACUCAGCAAGAAGACAAUAGAAGGGAUAGCAGGACAUCAGAGAGCAUACUUGAGGUCAAUAAUAAUUCCGUAAGUGGAGCCAAAAACAUGUUUACUACAUCUAAACAAGGAAGUCAUGCGGUACAAUCAAAGCAUCUGAAUCUGGGCAACAUUUCAAGGCAAACAUCUUCCUUAAGAAAUAGCUCGCAAAUGGAUAAAUCAGUAAAGAUGGAGAAAGGAGAAAAAUGGGGAAAUUCUCCAAGUUUUUUAGGUGCUACAACAAACUUGGCUAUAUAUUCUAAGAAUGCAAAUUGUCAGAUCAGUGCCUCUAGGGCUAACACUGGUGUUCCAACACAAGUGAAUAAUUUCAAAUCAGUUCUUACUGGAAGUUCAAAUUUGAAUGUGAAUUCAGAGCAUACAGGUACAGAAAUUGCCGCUUAUAUGAAGACAUUGAAUACUCCACAACUAUCCCGUAAGACCAUAAUAGAUGAAGCUCAAAGCAUCCUUAACAGUAGAGUUAAAUCUUCAAAGUAUACGUUUACAAAAAUGAAAAAUUGUCAGAAUCUUUCUCGGUUUAAUCAAAAUUGUGUAACAGGAAGUGUGUCUGUUACCAAAAUUACACAGGAUUUGGAGAAAAAGAAAACUACUUCUGUCAGCCCGUUACUGGGAGAAGUUGUUCAACAACAGUCUUUGGAACAGUCUUCAAAAGAGGAAGAGGAGAAAAAUAAAAAAUGUUCUCCUGAAGAAAUUCAGAGAAAAAGACACGAAGCAUUGGUUCGGAGAAUGGCCAAAGCACGAGCAUCAUCUGUAAAUGCAGCUCCCACUUAAUUUCUUCAAUGAAAUAUUAGCUGGAAGACUUAUUGAUAACUAUCUGUGAUAGGAAAAUUUUUUUUCUUGAAUUCUCUGUGAGAAAUUAUAUUUAUAAAGCAUGGACUUCUUUAUUAUUUAAUAAAUCAAUGUUUGCAAUGGUAAAUGAAACCUUUCCUUGGAAAUGUAUGGGAAAGUGAUUACAUACAAGUUUAGGAAAUUUAGGGAAGUUACCAAUAAUGUGCUAAAAUUAUACACAGGAAAGUAGUUAUACUUCUAAGUACUAUGAUUGCAGACGGUCAUCAGACUACAGCUAAUGUACGUAAUUUUCUAGUGUAGUAUCUAUUUCUAACGCAAAUCUUUAACUUGCUAAGUUAAUAGGGACUAUUUGUAUGAUUUUACUUUCGCUAAUUGUUGCUUUAAGGUUUUUAUAUAGUUCCAAAUUUUAAUUAAUGCUUCCAAUAUUGCUAGAACAUGGUUGGUAGGAAAUAAAAGAUUUUAAUUUAUUUGUAAGGUCAUUAUUUUCAAUCUUUGUCAGAAGUAGAUUUGAAUUUUAAUAUUUCUAAAAUGUGAUACAUUUGGAAACUUUCUAUCAUAAUUAGGAAAAACACUGAUUUAAGAAGUCUGAUUUAGGAAAAAGGAAGUUGUGAAUUAGCUAUAAGUAAUGAAGCAUCAUUAACAUUUGGAACUAGGAGAAACUUCAGAUAUCAGGAACACCUUUGUUAUUACAGGUAAGAAAAAUUAAUACUGUUAUUUUCAAAGUCACAGUCUUUGUGCUAGAAUUAGAAUUUCUUUGGACACCUAGACAAUUAUACCAUUUGUUUCAAAAUAUGAGUACAUAAAAUGAUCAAGGGGGCAUUUAUUAUUAUGUGGUAUAAAAUGAUACAAUUAAAAUCACAGUAAGGACUGUUUAAAUAAUAAUGCUUAUUCUGUAUUUUCCUUUAAACAAUUAAUCUUCACAGGAUAAAAAUAAGAAUCUCUUUCUAGUUUUCCUAUAACCAUGUAAUUUUCCCUUCAGUUAAUUUACUACUUCAUGAAUUUUUUUCUCUGUUAUUUUUUUUCACCUCUUUGCCUAGUUGGAAUUUGCUGAGCCAGUAUAAGAAAUCUAACCAGAGGGCAAAAGUCAGUAAGGAUUCUUUAUUCCUCCUAAGUGGUUUUAGGAGACCUAGGAAAAGUUAGAAAUAGGAAACCCCUAUCAUGGAGUGUAUGGUUAUCACCACUCUUCAGGUGUCUUAGAGCUGUGGCACUAUGGUAGUUACUGUGCUACAAGUAUGUAGAUACUCCUUGACUUACCGUAGAGUUACAUCCCAGUGAGCCUGGUCAUAAAUGGAAAUAUCCUAAGUAAAAAUGAAUUUAAUACACCUAAAUUAUCGAACUUGAUACCUUAGCCUAGAUUACCAUAAGCAUACUCAGAACACUUAGUAGCCAAUAGUUGGCCAAAUCAUGUGGCAACACAGUACAGCAUAGUAUCAAUUGAGCUGCUGCCCAGCAUUGUGAGAAUAUUGUAUCAUGUAUCUUUAUCCUGGGAAAAGAUCAAAAUUUAAAGUACAUGUGCUACUUAAUACCACUUUUACACCAUCUUAAAGUCAAGCUAUCUUAAGUCAAGUACCAUUGUAUAUCAUUUUGUAAAUGGUAUUUUCAUAUCAAUAUAUACAGAGGAGUAAUGGCAUUUUGGCUAACGUAUAUCAUUUGUCUAAUAUAAACUUAAAUCCCAAGUAGUUUCUAUAUAAGAAAAUAAAAAACUGAGAAUCUUUUAUCUCUUUCUAAAGUGUCUUCACUGUGUUGUGAGUAGGCUUUGGAUACUUCUAAGGAUUGAAAGGAUACAUGCUUAAGCUCCUCCCUGCUCACUCCUUUUUUUUUUGAGACAGAAUCUAACUCUGUGUCACCUAGGUAGAGUGCAGUGGUGUCACUAUAGCUCAAUGCAACUUCAAACUCUUUGGCUCAGGUGACCCUCCUGCCUCAGCCUCCCAAGUAGCUGCAACUAUAAGCAUGUGCCACUGUGCCCACCUAAUUUUUUCUAUUUUUGUUGGAGAUGGGUUGCAUUUUGGCUCAGGCUGGUCUUGAAUGCCUGACUUCAAACAGUUCUCCUGUCUCAGCCUCUCAGAGGACUAGGAUUACAGGCCUUAGCCACUGCUCCCCGCCUUACUGCUUGCUUUUUUUUAGAGUGCUUUUAGCCUCUUCUGUUUCUUUGAAUUUCAUACCUAACCAUCUUUACUGGAAUUGAUUUCUUCUCUCUGAUCAUGCUAGUACUUAAUUCUUGUAUCCUUCAUGGGGCAAUUCUAUAAUGCCUUAUAUGUUGUUUAGUUGUAUAUAUCUUAUAGAAGUGUUUUAUAAUUUGUCAUUUUGUGUCUCAUAAUUCUGCCCUAUUCUUAUGCUGCCUAUCGUGUUAUUUACAUAAUAGUUUUCUCUAAGUGACCCCUUUUCUUUAAGAGGAAAUUUUGUCACACUUGUAGGUGGUAGUGAAUAUCUGAGCAGGUUCAAACCCGAUUGUCAUUUAUAGGACUUAUAUGGAUUAUUUUUUGUAAAAAUCUUUAAUGUUGUACUAGUCGCUUUCUAAUUUAACUUUUAUAUAAAUCUAUAUUACCACAAAAAGACUGAUUACAGUAUAUAUGCUUUAUAUUUAUAAAAAGGGAUAACCUUGAUUAUCCUUGCUUUAUGUUAGAAAUAUCACAUAUUGCCAUAAUUUGAGAGAGUGAUAACCACCUAUAAGCUUUGUUGUAUAGGAUUCUUGGCCUUUACCAGUAGAUAACUUUUGUUAAAGAUAGUACAUAUGUAAUUUUGAUUUAGCUAAUAUGUAUCUUAAAAAGAACCUAAAAUUUUCAAAAUGUAAUAUUUUCAGUCUUUCACUCAACUAUAAAAAGAUUAUAUACACAUUACUAUCAUUUAAAAUUCACUCUAAAUUUAAUUAUGACUUACUGUUUAUUAAUAUUUGCUUAAGCUGUCAUUUUCAAUUCUAUGCUUACAGUUGUUCAUAUGAAUAGUCACUGAUAUAUUUCAGUGUAAUACAAUUCCUUUAUAUCAAUAUACACUUAGUCCGUUUCAACAUACAAAUUUUGAUAUAUCUUGUAGUGGAAGUUUUUUGUUUUACUCUGUAGUUCUCAACUACUUUAAUAUGUCAUCAAAUUUGUUAUUUUUUUAAAAAAUGAAUAAGCCAAAAACCAUUUUGAUGUCAGUAUAGUUAUAGCAGUAUAUGUUAGCUGUUAAAAGUUUUUCUUAUAUGUCAUUUUUAAGAAUUUAUUUGCUUAUUAUAAUCUUGGUUGGAUUGUGCUUGUCUUAACAUUACCUACAAUAAUCCCUUAUUUUUCCUCAUAAAGUACAUAAGAAAUAGGAAAGUUGAAGACUAAGUAAUUGAACAGUCAAUUUAAAAGAAGAGGUUUUAUUUCCUAACUUUAAAAUUAAUCUAAACCUACUAAUGUUAGCACUAUUUAAAUUUGUUUUUUUACUCAAUUUUAUAAAAUAUGGUUGAAAUAUAUAAAAAUAUUCAGAGACUUGCACAAAACACCAUAGUACAAGGAUGGUAAUGCAGAAAAAACAGAACUUGAGACUUCAUGAAGUGGAUAAAUACAAUUCUAAUGAGUGUGGGUAUUAAUGUGUGAUUUUUGCACCUUUGCAUAUUUAGGUUUAAGCUAGUAUCCUGCAAAUAAUGUUGUUCCCAAAAUAGUUGAUAAUAGUUUAAUAAAAUUAAUUUUUUUCCUAUUAUUUGAAUUAUUUUAAUAUAAUCCAUCCUUCAGGUAUAGCUUGUCAUUUGAUCUACAUGUUCCAGUGGUAUCCUGAGUCAGUCUAUCCACAUCUUUCUAUGUUACUAUUUUUUGAGUUCAUCUGUAGCUAGGCUGUCUCCACAAAAUUAGAAGGAUGGAUCCUAACGUUUUCCAUAUUUACAAGAUUUUUAAACUCACUCUCUCACAAAAAGAUAGACUCACCUCUCUUUUCCAGUUCCCAUUUCAAUCACUGAACAAGAACUUUGAUUAUCCCUGCUUGGUCGCAUACAACCUUUGAAAGAGGGAAGUGGCCCCUUAAUUGACAACUCUACUGGAAUCAGGAUGUACAGUAGAGGCAGUUUCCAAAAAGAUGAAAUAUGGGGCAGAAAGAAAGGUAACAUUUUUAUUUUCUUGAGUUAGCUCUUGCUCAAAAAGCUAAAAAGUUGUUUAUCAUUAUUCUAGACUUACUGUUCUUUGUUUUCUGAGAUAGCAAGAAAUAAAAGUUUCUUUGAAUACCAUUCAACUCUGUAAUAUCGCAGACACAUUUGCCUCUUUUGAAAUGUUGGAUGUAGUCUCUGUAUCUGAGAGAGGACAGAAUACUGCUCAUAGUGUGGGUGGUGCCUGUGGCUCAAAGGGGUAGGGUACUAGCCCCAUGUGCUGGAAGUGGUGGGUUCAAACACAGCCCCAGCCAAAAACUGCAAAAAAAAAAAAAAAAAAAAAAGGGGGGUGGUGGGUUACCUUAAAGUAUUAGUCACAUCUCACAUAACACACAUUUUUGGUUCCAAAGUGUAUAUAUUCCAUCCACAUUAAGGAGAAUCAAAUGCUUUAAGCAACUUACAGAAUAAAACAUGCCACGUUAUUCAUCUAUACCAUUUUUAUUUUUCUGAUACUGGGCUCUUGAUCAAGCUUCGGCUUCAGUACUGUGUCUAGAACAAUAAAUGCAUGAGUCACAAUGUCUUUGUAAACUAAGUUGAAAAGGUCAGUUUACAAACUUAAUCACAGCAAUCUUGAGUUUGGAACAUAUCUUGUAUUUAGUUAAAAAGAAGGCAGGCAUCCUUCAGCACCCAUUUUAAAGAUGGAACAUGUGAAUAUGACCUCCAAAGAACUCCAGAUAAAAUACAUUUUAUCCUGCAUUGAAAAUGUUUCUUUAGUUAAACAUCAUCUAACAUUAGAAUCUUAUAUUGGCUCUGUUAACUAUUUGAGUGUUUUAGAGUAGAAACUUUGAAUUACUCUAGAGAGCAAAGCAGAACUGUCUAGUUAACCCACAUAAUCAUGAGGGAGAAUCAAGGGUAAGUCACCAGAACAAUCAAAAAGCUUUCUUCCUUUAUAAAUUUUGUUUUUCUCAAUUUAUAUAUUUUUAUUAGUAUUGGCUAGUACCUGCAAGAAGAUUGAAUAAUUGUGUUUGUUAUGGGUAUCCUGUCAUGUUCCUG